CCUUUUCCAACUGCGGCGGAUCGCAAUCUCUCCAACCACACGCCACGUCUUCAGUCCGACCUUAAAGCCAUCUCCGAAGGAUUGUUCGUUGCGCCGGUUCUUCCUGUUCUCCAAUUUCUACGCCGCAUCGUGUUGCCCGUACCGCCAUACCACACAUUGGCCGAGCAAGGGCAUUCGGAAAGGGUGUCUGCGGGAAACAACAACAGUCUUAGUUAUUCCGCAAUUGGCAUCAUGAUUGAAGUCCUCUAGAGAAUCCGAGACACAGUUCUGGAAAAAAAAAAAAAAAGGAGGCCGACCAUGGAGGGACUUUUCACUUUGCUCGCAUUGAGCAUUGUGAUGGCAAUUACAUCCUUUGUUGUGGGCUCGUUACCACUUGCAUUUACGCUUUCUUCCUCCCAGUUGCGACUAAUAUCGUCCCUUGGCAUGGGAGUUUUGGUCGGGACAUCCUUGAUUGUGAUUAUCCCGGAGGGGGUAGAAACUUUAUACAGCGCAAACUUACCCAAUGACCGAAAAGCACUCAGCAGUCGUUCGACGGGGGCCAUAACUUGGCAGCACCAGAAUAUUCCGACAGUCGCUACUGCUAUGAUUCACACUCCUGAGGAAAUCAACUCCCUUAAUGUCCCUGUAUCCUCUUCCUCGGAUACAUCGACUUUGUUGCCCAUUUCCGACUCCACGCCGUAUGUCACACGCCGUGAGCAGAAAGGAAAGGAGGAGGCAUCAGACGAAGACAAGAAGAAAGCACACGACGACGAAGGGAGCUCACCACAUGCCUGGAUUGGAAUCGCACUCAUUAGCGGUUUUAUCCUCAUGUAUCUUAUCGACAAGCUCCCGGAAUUCGCAGCGCCGGCCAAACAGCAACGGACGCCAUAUCAUAUUUCUCUCGAUAACCUAGGCUCUGGAUUACGUCGCAAUUCAUCCCCCUCUCGAGAAGGGGGGCUUCUGGAUGCUGGAAAUAGCCCCAGGAGCAGCCACAGCUUCGCAACAACCACCGGGCUUGUUAUCCAUGCAGCUGCUGACGGAAUCGCUCUGGGAGCCUCAAGUUCCGAUACCGGCCUAAGCUUUAUUAUAUUCCUCGCCAUCAUGGUCCACAAGGCCCCAGCAUCUUUUGGUCUUACGUCAAUCUUGUUGAAGCAGGGUCUCUCCAGCCGCGCUGCGAGGGCGCAUUUACUAGUCUUUAGCCUGGCGGCGCCCUUGGGCGCAUUGGCGACUUUCUUAUUUGUACAAGUCAUGGGCUCAGGGUCCAGCAGUGACUUGACUGCUACUCAGUGGAGAACUGGGGUCCUUUUGUUGUUUUCGGCUGGCACAUUCUUGUACGUCGCCAUGCACACGAUGCAGGAGAACAAUCCAAGUGCUGUCUCACGUGAGACACAAGGGAACGGAUAUGGCGACUCAAGAGACAUUCCGUCCAAGUCCAACAAAUCCAUGAGGGAUUUGAUUGCUUCUGUUGUCGGCAUGAUUUUGCCGCUGUUCCUGCAGCUCGGCCAUGUCCACUGAUAUCUUUUUCACGGCCAUCUACUAUUCUUACUGCUAAACUGGACCUUUCCACAGAUUAUAGCGAUAACACACUCAUCUUCAUACCCACGGUUAAAUGUUUGUUUGCAUUUGCAUGGAGAUUUAGCGUUCAGAUUAGGAACAUAGACUAGAAAGUCUUCUGGUGACGGAGCAUGUCUGUCUAUCUACUGGUUGAUG